GAGUACAGUAAUACAUACGUCUCUGCAGAGCACAAAGCAAAGGAAAUUACAACCAAAAUUCAAUAAUCAGACGAAUGGAUUCCAGCCCGUCUUUCAAUCAGCCUCCAGUGGCCUGCAAUUCAUCUGAGAAAUCAGCAAUGUUGCAGCAAGCAGCACCACCACCAGCAUACCAGGACAGUCCUGCGGGAUAUCCUCCCUCAUUUCCAAGCCACCCAGUCCCCCACGGCCCCUACGCCCAGGGGCCAUAUCCAGGACAGUCCGUGGUCGCUGUGCAGCCUGCAGUUUUUGUGACCGCCGCUCCACUGGCCAAUCCAGUGCCAGAUUACUUGGGUUACUCCAUCUUUACCAUGCUGUGCUGCUGCUUACCUCUGGGCAUUGCUGCGCUGAUUUACUCCUGGUCUACUCGAAAUGCCAACUACUCAGGACAGCGAGAAUUAGCAGAGAGGAACUCCAAAACGGCACUCACCCUUAAUCAUGCCGCUCUUGCUCUUGGCCUCAUUUUGAUUGUAUUGUAUAUUAUCUGUCAGGUUGUGUUGUUUAAAAAUGUAAACCAGUAUCCAUAACUGUUACAGAUAUCAUGGUUGGAUGCAGAUUAUACAAACAAAUUUGAUUCUCUUCAUUUAAAAUGUUAUUUGCUUCAUGUGUCAAUAUUCACACAGCUAAAACACUGUAACACGCUGUAAAGGUGGAUUAUUGGAUGUUUAAAACAAUA